GUAAUAGGAACGCAUUACAAGGCGAACUUACCACUUUGUGUAGCAGAAGCCCACUUAGCAAGUUCUUUCGCUUUCACACCCAAGUCCCAAUCUUUGGCUUUCACUAUAUAAACGCUAUGGUACCAACCAAGCUCCAUCCCUUUGGGCUAGCAAGCCAGCCGAGUGCAGGCCGCAUCAAGGUCCCGUCAGGUCCACGCCAGGCUUGCCAUGUAUCCGUGUCAUCACCCUCAAACUCAGUAGUUAGCUGCAGCGGUCGUGAGGAUGUCAACCAUACAGCGGUGUGGCACUCGGGCUUGCGCUCUUCACCGUCGACGCGUACGCACCGCCUUCGCACAAGGGUGUCAGCGCCAGAGUCGCUGCCAAUCCCCAGCGGUAGCCUUGCGAAGCAUCAAGCGCAUAAGCAUCAGCCCAGCGCUCACGAUGAGGUGUAUGGCGAGUUGUUAUGCCCUAUGGGUGGAGUGGAAGCCAUUAUGCGGAAAGCUUCCCAGGGCCUCCUAACGACAACACCAGAUGCGACGCUGCAAGCCGUAAUUCCUUUGCUUAACAAGGUGACAGGCGUGCCCGUCAUGGACGGAAACGGCAAGGUUGUGGGCGUGAUUAGCCGGAAGGACAUUAUCCGCGUCCGCAAGUCGGGAGGCACCUUGACGGAAAAGGUCCAGAAGCACAUGACCAGCCCGGCGCUUACCAUCCCUCUACGCGCCACCGUCCAAGAGGCAGCGGACCUAAUGCUCAAGUAUGGCAUCCGGCGACUACCAGUAGUAGACGAGGACGGCCACCCGCUGGGGCUGGUGUCGCGCACCGACAUCUUCAAGCCCCUGGGCGACUACAACAAGGUGAUGGAGGAGGAGCUGGCCAUGAUGGCGGGCAAAGGCAGCUGGCAGAUCAAGUACUUGUACGACGGCAGCUGCCCCAUCUGCUCCUCCAUGAAGGAACUUCUGGAGCGGCAGGACAAGGGCGUGGGUCGCAUCAUCUUCAUGGAUGUGUCCUCGCCCAAGUACCGGCCCUCUAAGAACAUGGGCAUCAGCCAGGACGAGGCCAUGACCACCAUCCACGCCAUCCGACCCGACGGCUCGGUCCUCAUGGGCACCGACGCCAUCCGGGCCAUGUACACCGUGGUGGGUCUGGGCUGGCUGGCGUUCCUAAUGGAGCUGCCGCUCUUCACCUCCGCCGUGGAUGCGUUGUACGACUUCAUCUCCCGCAACCGCAUCUCUCUGGGCGGCGCCAUGGACACGCUGCUGGCGGGCAAGAAGCUGCAGAUGAGCAAGGCGGGUAUCACCACCUGCAGCGACGUGGAUGAGGAGUGCAGCGUGGACUGGUAACGGGUGGCAGCGGUGGGGGUGGGGUGGCAAGGGGGAACGAUACUUGGGGAGCGGAGCGCAGAGCUGUGGAGGGAGCGCAGAGCUGGAGAGGGGAGGGCGCGGCCUCUUGGGGCACAGCCUCCUGGGGUGCAGCCCCCUGGGGUGCAAAGCUGGUGGUGUUGCGGCAUGCUGCAGCUGGGGCUGUGAAGCGCCGAAUGCGCGCGUUUCCUGUAGUUCCUCUGUUCCUGAGAAGCAGUUAAUGGGGUGUGAGGCCGUGUGGAAUUUCGGCAUGGAUGGUCUCUUUGCUACCAUCGGCGUUUGGGUCGCAGGCGGCGGCGGAAGAGGAGCCAGUGAUGGCGGUUGUCGUGGUCUUUCUGUACAAUAAUAAGUGUUGCAGGGCUGGUGUAGCCCUCAGCCGUGGUUUUAUUACCGCAGGAUUGGAGACUCGGGUUGGGAUGCGUUAAAGAAAGAAGGUACGAGUCUACGGCUCCUCUCGGUAAGGAGUUGUGGAGUGGACGAGAGAGGAAGGUUGCUUUGUCAGGCGCAAUGCAUGUGGGUGCGGUUGCUCAUGAUCCGGUGAUUAGGAGUGGUUGUUUAUGGUGUGAUGAAUUCAGUGCUAAGUGCUAAAUGGCAAUGGGGUUGGUGACGGUCCUUGUAGCAGAGUAGGUCAGCUUCACUGCCUGGAAGUCACCAUGGUCCAUGUUGCUACGCGGAAGUAAGUUGGGAGGGGGAGGACGCCGGAGGAACAGUGGCCGUUAUUUCCGUAUUGCCUGCAGGGUAGGAGUGACGGGGAGGUACGCGUGUUUCUAUUGAUUCCUAAGUCAAGUCCGAAUUCUUGUGUGUGUGUCCUUAUGUGGCAUUCGCGCUAUUCGGCAUUUGCUGCAUUGGCGGCGCCGCUUGGCCUUCAUUCGGUGCCGGCCUUUUCCUCCCCUGGCCUCUUCUGCACUGUGUUUCUGCGGUGGAAACGUGUUGGGCUGGGGAACGGCGCGAGGCGGGGCCGGAAACCCAUUGUCCCGCGCUGCCCCAAAGCUUGCGAGUCUUGUGGUCUCCACCUAGCCUGCACUCACACCCGCGCGCGCAUUGCACAGUGAUGCAUUGCAAUGUUUGCAGCAGCGGAUGAGCGGUGCUGGUAUGAUGGAAACGUUGUACAUUUUAUUCUGCCGCAUGUUCGGUUUAUCCGAAGAGUGGUAAAGCCUCAAGUGGUCUAACUGACAAAUCCAGGGUGCAGUACACAAGAGGGGGGGCCCGACGGAAGUGUGGGGUGUGCCGUGAAGGUCGGGUUUGCUAACAUGCAAAUAGGCGAGUGCUUGCAUGGGUUCGGCUCGGUCAUGGUCUUAUUUUGGUUGUGCUGAGUAGUGUUAAGAACCUGUCAUGUGUGCGUGGGCUUCAGUAUUACCUUCAGUUCUGCGCGUCCGUGCCUCAAAUCUGAUCCCAGCGAAGAGACUUGCUUCAUUCUUGCUUUGUUUCACUGGGCGAUCCCGAUGAGUUAAGCCUUCUGGGUUGCCUGGGUGGGGUUCAGAGUUGAUCACAUUUAAGCAUGGGGUUAGUCUCUUUCGUAUGUGUGCGUGAAACAAGCGACCAACUCGUGUGUGGGCUGUGUGUGUGCGUUUUCCAACACGAAACAAGCGUUAGGGUGGUCAUAUCAUCCAACGGUGUACCUCCUUGCCAGGUGCGAUUCCCCCCUCCCGUGUGGAAGAUCUCUAAAAGUGUGUUUAAUAUGGCAUCGCCCGCUCGCUGCACGCAUAUAUGCAGCAGCUCAAUUGUCUUAAUUUUCACGUAGACGGGUGACGCAAACGUGGUACGAGGGUUCUGAAGGCCUGGAUUCGGUUGGGUUUGAGUGUUUGGCGAGGGUGUCGUUGCAGGUGUAGUUGGAACUGGGGGUGUGUGGCACGGAGAACUUGAGGACAUUAUUGAGGACACGUCGGCCUUGACAGGCAGGUCGUGAGAGCUCCCUGCCCGUCUGUCGAACGCCCAGAAGCAUGUCCGGGGUCCCGGAGCGCGCACAGAGCAAUCACCCGGGGCCUCUGGGUUGCAGGCGCGUGUCAAAUUCGUUCCCUACCCUGUUUCCUGAGCGAUGCAAUUUUUGCCCAUGCGGAACUGAGCGAUGGAUGGGAGGAGGUGAGGGGGGCCAUCGUCCCGUUUGCAGUUGCCUGUUGUCCUCCUUGUGCGUGUGUUCGUGCGCUUUUCCGGUGUGGGCUGGUGUGCGUGCGAACACUGUCGUGGAGUUUUUGGCGUUGAAAGGUUGUCGUGUAGCAUUAUUUUAUCAUGAGAUAUACGGUUAUAUGGAGAGGAUAGGAGCUCGACUUGUACUUAAGCUGCUGAUCAUGUCAUAUUGGAGUUGCAGGGGGUAUCGUCACCUGGGCGGGAGUCUAUAUUACAAGAAUGGCUCGAUGUAAUGAACUUUCACGUGCG